AUGGAUAUAGAUGAGCUUAUGCCACAACAUCGAGAAAACGACAUGGGAAGUUGUACAGUUCGAUCAGAGAACGUACAAUAUCAAAUAAUACAUCGGCCGAUAUACUUCGUCAAGCACUGGAAAGAAGAAAAAGUUGUUAAAGAUAACACGAUCAAUCCGGAUACAACUGAAGCAGUAAUGAAGAACAUCCGAGGAAUUCCAUUUCUUAUACAGGUGAGGUUUUCUAUGCGCCGAAGUAGCUUAACGAUACGUGCCACUACCACCGCAAUCACGGUUGCUUCUCAGAAGCAAAAAAAAAUUAAAUUUGGAAAAGUUUGGAAAUGCAGCAGGGAAUGUAAAUUAAUGUUACAGGCUAUUCAGUAUUCUAUGGAGGCCACAUAUUAUCGUGAUGUAUUGAGCGAAAUGGGAGAAGGCGUAGUUCGUACUUCAGUAAUUCACACAGCGCCAGGUUGUACAAGCAUUCUCGACUCAGAAAGUGAAGACGAGAAGGAGGAGGUGAAAAUCACGCCCAGGAAUUCUGCAGAAGAGCAGUGGCUUCCUUUCGGCGAGAGUUGGCGGAAUGAGCAACUUCGCUUGUCCCUUGAACGAGGAAGCAGCAAUUUACUUGUG